ACCAAUCAAUGUGUUGAGAAAAGAAGCGAGCGAGAGAGGACGAGAGAGGGGGGGGGCAACCGGAAGUUUACAAACAUUAGCCGAGCAAGCUAAGAUUUAGCUAAUUUAUUUUGACCAGCCAUCGAAAACAGCCGGUUUUAAAGAAGACAGAGGAAAGAUGGUUUGUGACAAAUGCGAAAAGAAGCUUGGUAAAGUCAUCACACCUGACACAUGGAAGGAUGGAGCACGGAAUACAACAGAGGGUGGUGGACGUAAGCUAAAUGAAAACAAGCUUCUGACUGCUAAGAAAGCCAGGUUUGACCCCUACAGCAAGACAGGCUUUGCUACAUGCAGGAUCUGCAAGAGCUCAGUUCAUCAGUCUGGAUCACACUACUGCCAAGGCUGUGCAUACAAGAAAGGAAUCUGUGCAAUGUGUGGAAAGAAAGUUUUGGACACCAAGAACUACAAACAGACAUCUGUGUGACAGCGUGAUGAUCAGAGAACAGUUCGACAAGUGAAUAACAGAUUUGAGGAUGAGAGUGAUGGUGCAUGUUUGUCAUCCUGUCACAUUGUCAGUGUUUUCCCACCAUGUCCUAUCAGUGACAGCUGUAAAUCUUUCUGGUAUUCUUGCCACCUAUGUGAAGGACAGAGAUCUGGAGGUGGCUUUGUUCUCUUAUUAUAAAUAUCAUGUAAUUCCACUGGAACGGUUAGAGUGGCCACAAACAGUGAAGCACUGCUCUCACCAUCAGCUCUCACCUGUUUUUCAAGUAAAAGGCUUCUAGAUAUUUUUGUAUAUUUUAAAUUCAAUACUUAAACUUCAUUCUUUGCUUUUUAAAAAUGAUUUCUGUGUGUAAUAUAUCAAGUGUUGCAUUUUUGACUGAAUUAAAGCCUUGCAUAUGAGGACAUUUGACAGGAUUAUUUUGUACCUCUGCCUGAGGCUGUAAAGGGUACAAUUUUAGCCUCUUACGCACAACAUACCCAUAUUUGUCCUGUAUGUCUGGAAUAAUUGGUUUACCUUUACAUAAUCCUAUUUGUAAACUGCAUGCUGCACUGCCCCCCGUUGCUGUCAGAGAUAGAGGUUAUAGUUCACAGUUUGCCUGAUGUCAGGCUCCUCCUUUGAUAUUUAAAGGCCUUGCUCUCCCUCAGGCCGUCAACCACAUGUGCACACACAAGCUUUUAUGUCUUGUUAUUGAUUUAUGCUGUUGCACCACAGCACAAAAACAGCACCAAUCUCCAGCUAAUGCAGAUAAUAUACAAUAGGUUAUGUUCGGAUGUGGUGAAUGAGUCAGAUGUUUAAGCCAGUUUUGUAGCGAGGCCUGCGUAAGCAAGUGAUCUGAAAUUGUAAAAGAAUAAAGAUAAAUUUUGGUUACAUGCUACCAUGACUUGUUAUGUAAGUCUGGAUUCUGUACUUUGAUUGCUAUGUCACUGCCCUUUAGCUCAUGUCAGUCUGUGUUGUGGUGCGUUCAUGUGCAGCAAUAUAAUGUCCCACCUGAUACAGCCAACCAGAGAAUCCUCACUGACGCAAGACAAUGUCAGUUUAAUAGCUGUGUCCCAAGUCCACACAAUAAACUAAUAAACUAAUGCACUUAAAAAUG